CUAUUGACUUAUGAACAAAAUAAUACAACUCACUAAACGUGCGCUACAAUAAAAACUUAUUCCGCUAUACCUACUACUUGUCCCGCAAUAUUUUUCAAUAUUAAAUACGAUUUAAUUAAAUUAAAUUUUUAAAUACGAUCAAGUAUAAAAAAAUUAUCAUUAUAGAUCGAAUCAUGCUUUCGAAAUUUUGUGGUUAUCCGUUGAAAACAGGAGUUGGUUUUAUUUCGAUUACUAAUCUGGUCUUAUCGGUGAUUUUUAUUUUAUACUACUUGUGGGAGCGUUCUGUGGAUUAUGGAUACUCCCACAUUAACAACAAUUGGAGAAAACCUUUAGAUGACGUUUUCAUGGAUAAUAUUACAAUAAUUUUCAUGAACGUCGGUUCUGUUUCGGCGUUUGCUAACUUUGGAUUAAAACAAGCAACGUUAAAGAACGAAACGCAUAAAAUUUACCUGUGGCUUUUAUUCGGUUAUGUGCAAAUCGUUACGAUGGUCCUUUUCGAAGCUGACGUUUUAUGCAGAAACACGAUGACUGAUAAAAAUCUGAUUCGAGUAGUUUUGGGUUUCCUGAUCGUUGACGCGAUAUUGGUGUAUCAGCUUUUGGUGGUCCAAUCUUUUUACAAGGAAGAAAAACUGGUGGAAGAGACUAGUUACGCUAGAUUGCGCUCCGAAAUGAUAACUCAACAAGUCGAUAGAGAAGACAGACAGUGGGAAAACGAGUCUCACACUAUAGAUUCAUAGAAUUACAAGCCUUAAAAAAAUAUACGCAAAUGAAAUAAAUGAAAUGUAUUCAUACGAA